UUUUUUUUUUUAACCACACAUAUUUUUCUUCUUCUUCUUCUUCAUGGGACGGGAGGAAAAGCGGGAUAUCAGGUUCCGCUCCUCGCCGCCUCCUUCUCCUCCUCCUCCCCACUCCCCCCAGAAACUCCCACCACCACCUCCUCCUCCACCUCCUCCUCCUCUUCCUCUCCUGGAAGUUAUGUCAAGGCCUCUUACUCAGCUCCUACCGCCGGAUCUCCCUGCCGGGGCCACGAGCCCGCAGUUUGGGGCCAGCAACCCGCCUGGAAGUGGUCCCCAAGGCGGACACCUGACCUCCAUGACCAACCUGAAGACCCUGCUCCAGCUGCCAAUCAAGGCCGACCAGAGAGGAACCAAGGACUGCUGCGAGAUGAAAGACAAAGACAAGCCCUCGGAAUCUGAAGAAGACUCGCAGAGCAACAACAGCGGGGCCGGCGGAGGGGCCCCCGGGGCCGGCGCGUUGCGGCCCGGCUCCCACUCGGCGUUCCUGGGCCCCCUGCUGUGGGAGAGGACCCUGCCGUGCGACGGAGGCCUGUUCCAGCUGCAGUACAUGGACCUGGAGGAGUUCCUGACCGAGAACGGCAUGGGGAUGCACGGCAACGGGCCAGCUCCACCAGCGCCCAGAUCCCCUCUCAGGUAA